AGUGCGCUCGUUGUUAUUUACAGUUAGGGUGGUCGAUCUUUAAUCGGAAUAGAAUGUUUCAUUUCAUUGAAAAAUUUGAGGAAUUAGAUUAAAAAAAUUAGAAUAGCGGGAACAUAAACAACUCAGCAUGCCCUUUAGCAGAAGCUAAAAUUAAAUGUUCAUAAACUUAUGGCGACUAGCAAAGUGGAAAAUGAGUCCAAUGUUGCUAUCAGCAGUAGCGAAGAUGGUGUUGCAAAAACAGCUGUUGAAGACGAGAUUGAAUUACCUAAAGAUUUCGAACCUGGUGCUUCUAGGGUUGCAAUUCUUUUGUCUACGGGUUCCUAUGAAGAAGAGAGUGUUUCAAAUGAAGAUUUUGAAAAUUUCAGUAGAAAAAGCAGUUGCAUCAGCGAGAUAGAGCAGGGUGUAUCGGCUGUUGAUUUGAAUGAUUCCUUACCAAAACAGGCUUUACAGAGCUCAGAUAAUAGUAGUAAAGAUGAAGAAUCUAAGAAUGAAAUGGUUACUAUUGAAGCUGAACAAAUAACUGGAGACUUGGACAAAGAAGAUGGUAAUGAGUUGAAUGAUCCAAUUUGGAAACAACAAGACAACCAUAUUUUUGUGCUAAGUGAAGCUGGCAAGCCCAUAUAUUCUCGGCAUGGAAAUGAAGAUCAUCUUGUAACUUUGAUGGGAGUCAUGCAAGCACUUGUGUCUUUCGUCCAGCAAAGUGGAGACAUGAUUCGAUCAAUACAUGCCGGUGAUAGGAAAGUUGUUUUCUUACAUCGUAUGCCUUUAAUUCUUGUUGCUGUAUCAAGAACAAAAGCCUCCGUUCCUCAACUUUUGUCUCAUUUGACUUACGUGUACAAUCAGAUUGUGUCUGUUUUGACUUUUUCAAAUUUAAAUCGGAUUUUUGAACAAAGAAGAAACUAUGAUUUAAGAAGAUUGUUAGGUGGUGCUGAAAAAUUUCUAGACAGGUUAGUGGAUGUGAUGGAAAAAGAUCCAAGUUUCUUGUUAAGUGCUGGCCGCAGUUUACCUUUGGAUAGCUCUAUAAGAGAAGUGAUUGGACAAACUUUAGCUCAAUAUUGUGGUAAAAUAAAGAAUAUUGUAUUUGCAAUUCUGCUAUCUGAAAAUCAACUUGUUACAUUAGUGCGAAUGAAGAAAUAUUUUUUACAUCCAGCUGAUCUUCAUUUAAUUAUGAAUUUAGUUAGUGCAUCUGAGUCAUUCAAAUCUAUGGAAUCAUGGAUACCAAUCUGUCUUCCUAAAUUUGAUUCCAGUGGUUUUCUUCAUGGUCACAUUUCAUAUUUAGAUGAAGAAAAUAAAUGCUGCCUCAUGUUACUUACAGUAGACAAAGAUAUGUUCUUUCCCCUUAAAGAAUGCCGCAAUAAAAUAGUAGAGAAGCUAAAAAAAUAUCACUGUUUAGAAGCUAUUGACCAAGCUGUAAAUUGUCGUGGAUAUUCUGUCUCCCAAGUUGGAAUUACAGAAGUUCGGCAUUUUUUGUAUAAAUCACGUUCAACUGCUCAAUUCACCGCCCCUAGGGUAGAAAUUCCAUAUGUAACCAUUGAAGAUUGGAAUCAUUUGUUUGGACUGUAUCAAUAUUUGCAUCACAGAAUGUAUAAAAGUGCCAGACCUUUAAAAAUGUUGUAUUAUAGUGGAGAAAGAGAAACAAUGGUUGGAUGGGUAAGAUUGAAAUUUUUUUAUAAUUUGUAUUAAUAAGAAGGUUAAUUU